CUUGGUUUCUUCGGCCCCGCCUCUCGCCCGGGGGUCGGGAAACAGCGGCAGGAAGCUGGAGGGGCCUCGGUGCAGCCCGUUGUCGCUCCGCCAUGGAGCCCGAGAAGAGAAGAACCAAAGAAGAUACUUGGAAAUCAGAUGAACUUAAGAAACAUCUUAGGGUAUCACAGUCAGAUAGUCAAUCUGAAGAUAAGAAACAGAAGGAAAAGAAACUGCAAAGAGAUAGAGAGACUCAUGACAUGGUUGAUUACAAAGGAUACAUACGCAAGGAUCAAGACAAGGACAGAGGAAAGGCAAAAGAAAGGACAGGUGAACGAGAGAGAUUUAAAUCUAGUGAAAGAGACAGGGAUAAGAUAAGAGAAAGGGGAAAAGAUCAUCACAGAGAACGAGAGAGAGAGAAAUUGAAGGAGAAGGACCAAGAAAAAGAUGCAGAGAAGGAAAAACACAUUACAAGAAAAGAUAAAGAGAAGGCAAGUGAUAAAGAAAGAGACAGAAAAUAUAGGAGGGAUGAUCUGAAGCAAAUGCUUAUACAGAAUAACCUGAAAGCAUCUGGAGGAAGGGAUAAAGAACAACGCAGAAGAAGAGAAAGCAAGGAUCAAUUGGAGCAAGCAAACAUAAGGGAUGACGUGAAAGAGAGAAGACAUUCAGAAAGAAAAGUAAAGGAAGGAAAAAAAAGUGAGAGCAAAAAUAGUCUUGGCGAGUUUUUAACAAAGAAAGAUGAAGAAGGUGGACAUAGACACAAGUCACACAGAGAUCAAGAACUGAAUAAAGACAAAGGAAGGAGUCAUGGUGAUAAAAGAGAACAUGAACAUUCAGUUAGGGGAGGAAAGGAGAGACCUUCAAAAGAAAGAAGCCAUGAAUUGUUUGUAAAGGAUGGGGAAGAAAAAUAUGUGUCAAGGAGACCUAAAGAAGGAUCCUCCAUUGAAGACAGAGAAAGACAACUGAGAGAGAAUAAUGAAAAAAGACAGAGGGAAGAAAAUGAAAGAAAGAAAAGAGAUCUUAAGAACACUGAGCAUAAAAAACAAGGAAAGAGAUUAAGAGAAGAAGAAGAAGAAACCAGCCAUCAGCAUGAAAGGAAUGCAACAGAUAAAGGAAAGAGCAUUGAAAGGGAAAAAAAAGAGGACACAAGCCAAAGGCCACACCAAGGUGAACAUGUGUCAGCAUGGAAACCUAUGCAGAGGCAAAAAAGUGAGGAAGAACUUGAAAUCAGUGAUAAUUAUUUGACCAAUUAUGAAGAUGAUUUUGAAGAUUAUGAAGAUGAUUUUGAUGACGAUGAUGAUGAAGACAAUGAUAGUGAGGCUAGAGACUCAGAAGAAAGACUAAGAGAGAUCCCUGUUUCCAAAAAAUCAGAAAUAGAAGAAAUUCAAAGAGCAAUUAAUGCAGAAAAUGAGAGGAUUGGUACCUUACUACCAAAGCAAUUUCAAAAAGAACAUGAAAAAAAACCAAACAUGGAAAGGCAAGAUUCUCCUGCCAGAGGCUCUCUCUGUGGAAUGUUCAUGGAUUUUGAAACAGCAAACCAGCGGCAAAGUAACCGAAAUAUGGCCACUAAACAAAAGAAACGCAGUUCAGAACUGCUCCGACUAAUUGACCUGGACUUCUCAGUAAGUUUUUCUUUACUGGAUUUGCCUCCAGUGAAUGAAUAUGACAUGUACAUCAGGAACUUUGGAAAAACAAACACUAAACAGGCGUAUGUUCAGAGCAAUGAGGAUAAUCUUGAGAGAGACGUUCAGACGGAUGAAAUAGAGACUCUAGAAAAAUGGACACAACAUCCAGGAGACAGUGUACUUGUAUCUGGAGGUCCCAGAAGCAGCAAUGGUGUGUCUAUAGAUAUUGCUGUAACACCUAAGAUUGAUUCACAGGGAUUAACAAACUUCCUCCGGUCUGCUUGUCAGGUGAUUGCUGUUUUGCUUGAGGAAGAUCGAGUUGCAACACAACCCAGGUGGAAUCUAAGAUCUCGACAAACCAGUCUGUCUAUUAGUGAUAGCUGCUUCCAGUUAAAUACUAAUCUACCUUUUCUCCACGGCCGAAAGGUGUCCUGUUUGCACGUCUCUCAGGUUCAGAGGCAGGCAUUGCUUUCUGUUCACGGGUUACCUGAAAAGCCAGGAGCUAUUCAAUUGGACAGGAAGUACAUCGUAUGUGUAUGGAAUGUCUGGCAGCCCUCCAGUCCUCAGAAAGUUUUAGUUUGUGAAGCAGAGGUGUCAUGCUGCUGCUUUAGUCCCAGUAAAGCAACUUUAGUAUUUGCUGGAACAAUGGAUGGUUCAUUGGUAGUGUGGGAUCUCCGAGAAGACUCAAGGAUGCAUCACUGUAUGAAGUUAAAUGAAAUUGACUGGAUUUUUAGAGCUCCAACAUUUUCUACUGAUGGUGUCCUCUCCUCAUUAAACCACACAUAUCCUGUACUGGCAAUAGAACCUGUCUCAACAUCUGUCUAUAAGGAACAGAAUUAUGGGCUCUCACACCUAUCUUCUCAAGAAGAAAUGUCAGGCCUGUCGUUCCAGAUAGCUUCAAUGGAUGAAAACGGAACUCUCAAUCUGUGGGUAGCAGUUGAAUUACAAAAAGUGGAUUUGGCUGGUUCACAAAGUGAUUUAGGUUUAAUUCCAGGGGGGAAAGUAAAGUUAGUACAUAGCUCUACUGUUCAGUUGAAUAGCAGCCUUUUCCCAAAAGAUAUCCUAUGCCUGAGGACACCUCAAACACUGAAUAUUAAGUUUCUGCCUUCUAAUCCUAAUCAUUUCAUUGUCGGAACAGACAUUGGUGUGGUAAGUCAUGGUGCAAGACAUGAUUUAAGAGUACCUCCAAAGCUGUUCAAACCCCAGCAGGGUGGACCAAGAUCAAUAAGAGCUAAUGCAGUUGAUUUCUCCCCUUUUGGAAAGCCAAUAUUUUUGGUUGGAUGUUCAGAUGGAAGUAUUAGAUUGCACCAAAUGACUUCAGAGCAUCCCCUCAUACAGUGGAAUGACAGCACAAAUGGCCAGCCAGUUAUUACCCUCCAGUGGGCUCUCACAAGACCUGCUGUGUUUUUUGUCCUGGAUGCAUCAUCUACAGUUUACAUUUGGGAUCUACUGGAAAACGACUUGUGUCCUGUAGCCAAACAAAUUAUCCAGUCCGAUAAGGUUAUGACUAUGGUUGUAUUGGGUGAACCGGAAAAAACAAAUGGUCUGCUGGGGAUCGCAUUGGCCAAACAAUCUGGAAUAAUAGACCUUCAGUAUGUAAAGAAGAGGUGGGCAUUACCUCAGCCAGAAGAGUCAGAAAAACUACAGGUGCUCUUGCAACAAUCCUUAUAAAGCAGAGAAAUUGUUUUUUCUGCGUGUACAAAUAUGGCUGGCUAUAUUUAGAAUUUUUCAUUUGAUUACUGUAAUAAAAAGAUUUAUAAUUUAAGAGCUUUUGCAUUUGUAUAAAUAUUGUAUAUAUUUUACAAGAAUGUCAAUACAGUAUUUCAACAGAAGAUACAAUAUUUUUGUUAAUUAUAAAAAUGACAGAACAAAGCUUGGUAAUAUUGUACCUGAAGGAAAGUAGAUUGCAGAUGUAAAUGUAAAUGUAUUUUACUGAAAAGUAUCUAUAAAUGUUCACAAUUCCAGGUUGUGAAUAUAUAUAGAUACUUUUCAGUAAAAAAGUGAAAUUAUAUUCCUAUAAAAUGUGAUAUGCUGCAUCUCAAUAUUGCACUUUGAAGCAAACUAUAUCCUACGUGUAAAGUUAAAUGUAUGCUUUUCUGUAACGUAAAAGGCUGUUGCCAUGUUCAGGUUACCUUUGGAACUUUCUCAACCUCUCCACAGCUGUCAUUUGUGCAUAGGCUAACCCAUAGCCCGACAUGGAAAUACUUGUGUAAAGACCAGAAAACCACACUGGGUUACCUUU